AUGGGCUCCGAUAAGGUCGUGCUGAGAGAUUAUCCUUCAUGUUGCUCGGCAGACAUCAUCACAACGACGCAUUGGCUAGUUGCAAGCAGCCGACGCCGAACCGGCACCCGAUUCGCCACCAUCUCGGGCGGAGAGUUGAGUCGUCAGAGUCUGCAACUGGCCCUCGCUGAGCUGACCAGUCCCGCCGCCGGUCCGGGUCCGAGUCCCGCUGCCGGUGCCGGUGCCGGCGCCGGUCCGAGGGAGGCGAGUUCUCGUGCCACUCGCGGCGCGUCGCGUCGCCAUGCGCUCGGCCAGUCGACCGACGGUCCCGGUCACGAGUGCGCGGCGCCGACCAGCGCCGCCCGAGACCGGCACGGCUCGAGUCCGGCGCAGAUUCGGGACGGCAACUGCUGGAGCGCUCGAGGCGCGGCCGACUCGCCCAGCCCCGAGGCCCCGCAAUGGCGGGUUCAAGGCAGCCGGCAGACGACGCAUCAGAAACCGCCGGCCCCGCCGCCUCUUCUGCCCUGCCCCCACCAGUCCCAGUCGCGCCAAUUGCACAUCUGCUCGAGUCCCGCCGCCUCGGCCGGCCAGACCCCGGCCCGACCCCAAAGUCUCCUCCUCCUUCGCCAUCCCGUCCACUCGGUUGCCCCGGCCAACAGGCUUCCGCCGCCGCCGCUGCCUUCGCAGACGCCCAGCCUCCGUCUCGCCGGCAACGUUUCGGCCAUCCCGCGCGCCCAGCAACGCGCCAGAUCGCCCGUUGUCACGUCGCCCAGCCGACCGGACGCCUCAAUGCCGGCAACGCUGACGACACCUGCACCGGUAGCCUCGACAACUCGAGUCGCCCGGCAACACAGCGCCGACGAGAAGGUCCAGUCGCCGCGGGGCUUUGACGACGAGACUGCGCCUCGAUCGGCCGCCGGACGACAAGACGGUCUCGCGGAAUCCGGUCCUCUCGCCUUCUCGAGUCUGCCCAGACGACCGACGGACGCCGUCAUCAACCGCUCCGGCAGCAGCACUGGCGUCUCGCCGAACGCACCCCUCCUGCCCGGCAACCAGACGACCGGGCCCUUGGCUCGUCGGUUGUCGCCCGGCGCGCCGCGCCCCACCAACCCGAUCUUCAUCGCGGCCGGCCAAGCCGCCGUCAACCGAAUGGUGAGGAUCAUCAAUCGUGACCACUCAGGUAGGCCCUCAGAACUGAACACACAAUUGAGGCAUUCUUCGACUCUUCUUGCACCCCGGAGCACCGACACAGCCCUCCUCUUCUUCUACCCCAUCACAACGACCCCGGGACCCAGAGACUGCCCAGUUCGUAUCUGA